AUGGGGCUAACCUGCAGCUCGGAGAACGAUGCUUCAGAGCUCUCGUUUCACCCGCACUGCAGAGGCUCUCAUAUCUCCCUGAACUGCUGCCUCCACCAGGCAACACGGUUCCACAGCUUCCAUGAUGGGCUGGUCUUCUCCAAUCGACCGCUGCAGCCCAGAGAAAAGGUCCGGAUUAAAGUUCUGGAAGAAGAGUUAAGCUGGCAUGGUGCUCUAAGAGUGGGCUUCACCACUGUGGAUCCCAACAAGAUCAGUGCUAGUUCCUUACCACCAUUUGCUUGCCCAAAUCUUCUUGUCAAUCCUGGGUUCUGGGCUAUAGGUAUACCGGAAGAACUUUGUGAGAAGGGAGCUGAACUGUGCUUCUGGAUCAAUCGAAAGGGACAGGCACUCUUUCAAAAGCCUGGGAGUUCUCAACCCAAAGUGCUUUUCUCAGGAAUUCCAAAAAGAACUCCAGUCUGGGUCCUGCUGGAUAUCUAUGGAAGGACAAAGACUGUCAAACUAAUUAAUGGCCAAUCGAAGCAGACAGAAUCUCAUUGUUGCUGCCGCCGCCAACCUAGCAAAGGGUUCCCAGAAAAAUGUACAAGGGGGAAAUCACUAUCAACUUUGGACAUAACUUCAGAUUCCAGGGUCCAGUGUUUGCACAAAUCCACCACAAUGAACUUUCACUCAGAAUCAGGAUACCCUCCAUUUUACAAGGAGGACAAUGCUCCCUGUGUAAUCUGCCAGGACAGACUAGCGGACACUUUGUUAUUACCCUGCUUGCACAGCAAUUUCUGUGAACAGUGUGCAGUGAGGGUGAAAAGUGAGAAAAACCUCUGUCCAUUGUGUCGUCAAACCAUUGUACAGUCACAGAAGGUUGGAACACUACAGCAGCUCAUGGAAUUCCUCACAGCUACCUAG